GAGGAGGGACCGGAAGUGGGUUUUCGUAACCCGGAAGGGGGAUCUUUCCCUGGCUGUAAUAUUGAUGUUUUCGAGCUGCUGCUGCUGCUUUUGCGGCUAAGAAGAGAACAGUCGCAGAAGGAUGGUGUGCGAAAAAUGUGAAAAGAAACUUGGUACUGUUAUCACUCCAGAUACAUGGAAAGACGGUGCAAGGAAUACCACAGAAAGUGGUGGAAGAAAGUUGAAUGAAAAUAAAGCUUUGACCUCAAAAAAAGCAAGAUUCGAUCCAUAUGGAAAGAAUAAAUUUUCCACUUGCAGAAUUUGUAAAAGUUCUGUGCACCAACCCGGUUCUCAUUACUGCCAGGGCUGUGCCUACAAAAAGGGCAUCUGUGCAAUGUGUGGGAAAAAGGUCUUGGAUACCAAGAACUACAAACAAACGUCUGUCUAGAUGUAUUGAUGAAGUUUCUGGCUUUCUGUAUCAUUUUGCUUCUUGCUUUAAAUUUUCAAGGUGUAUCAUAGUUGUUCAAGUUACAAAAUAACAUGUUUUAAGACAAGUUUAAACCAGGGAAGUUGAUUGGUAUUCAUUCUUUUGCUCUCAAGAAGUUCUGAAUGGCAACAAUGUAACUAAGGCUCCUGUAUUUUCUUUAUAAGCAUGUUACUGAACUGGAAUUAAGUGGCAAAUUUAACAACAAAAAAAAUUUUCCCAGUUCUAUAUGCACUUUUUAUUUAACAUUAUUCAUAUAAUUCUUCUCCCUCUCCUUUAUUUAUAGAUAUUGCAAAAGUGAGAAGGAAACUAUUGAUAUUUGCUCAGAACUUGGCAUCCAGACUUAUAAUUCUACCUUCAUUCCCUUGCGGGUUGCAUAGUUCUUAGAAUCAUAGUUCUAAUUAAUUGCAGCUUCACAGAGUAUUUAAAUAUCUGAGACCAUUAUUGCUGAAUGGUUCCUUAGUAAUUAGCCAAGAGCCAAAUCAAACACAAGUUGUAUUUAUGGUUUUUAAAACUUUGUUCUUGAAGCCAAAGUGCUAAUACCUUUCAUCUGAGAACAAGAACACAAGGGACACCCCAUAUAUGUCCAAAUAAAUACACUGGAUUUCAGAAAAACAUGUCAUACACAUUACCUUGAAUUCAUACUGUCAUAAAAGCCCGGAGAACAGUGUUCAUCCAUGAUGAUGUAUAAUGAAAAUGAAACGCCACUCUUUGGGAAAGUUGUUUUGAAGCAGAAAUCUAACUUCUUGUAUUUCCCCCCCGCCCCCCAAAAGAAAGAAAUAGAACAAAACGAACAUUUUGAUAUAUAUAUACGCAUAUAUAUGUGUAUAUAUGCGUAUAUAUAUGUAUAUAUAUAAAUUUUUUAGGUUUCAAAGAAAGAUUUUUGUCUUAAUGCUGCCCUCAUUGGAAACCUGCAGCCUACUAGGGGAGACCAAAAAAGUAUUCCCUUGUUACCAAGUAUAGUAUGUAUAAAUACUUAUCACUAUAAAAUGUGUAGAAUAGGUAACAUGUGCUAUACAUAGUAUAGAUAUUGAUUUUUUCUAUUAAAGUUAUUAUGGAAAGUAAAGUUUUAACUGUUUAUAAGGUUGUUUAGUGUUUCUAGGAUAUGUUGUUAUUCAUAUUCUGAAAGAUCACAAGGAGAAUGUAAAAUACAAUAAAUAACGAUAGCUGUGAAGACAGGAAGUAUCUUUUCAUGCUUUAAUCACUUUGGGGAUUUUUAGUUAAAAUUACCACAAGGGACUCAUAAUAGGACCCAUUUAGAGAGUGGCCCAGAUCCGUUAAAAGUUGGGUUGGUCGCCUUAGGGAAAGGUGCAUUUCUUAGGUAUUAACUGAGAUCUGGUCUUCCGCAACUCACAUUUCAUAUUCAUACCUUGAGUAGCCUCCUUCCAUAAGUGAUCCAGCGGCCAGACUCAGUUUCUCCUAUGAAGAAUUUUGUUCGUAUUAAAUCACAGAACAGAAUAUAAGUAUUAUAAGUAUUCAUAUUGUUGAAAUAAUAAUAUGACUUCCAUACAUUGACGUUACUAGAUGAGAAGUCAAAUUCCAAAACAAAACAUGAAUUUAAAAUAUUUUUUUAAAAGUCAUAAAAACAGAAACUAUAACAUUAAAUAAGAUGACACAAUUGCGGCCAAACAUAGUUUUCAUCAAAGUGAAUGUAAAAGUGAUGAAAUAAGAUAUUUUUUUAAAUCUCAGACUGUAUCUAAAUAUAUACAGAGGGUGCCAAAAAAAUGCAUACACAUUUUAAGAAAGGAAAAAUACUUAAAAUUGUAAUACUCAAUAUAUACCGAUAAUAACAGAUGAAUACAAGUCAUGUGUAUACUUUUUUUUGACACCUCCAGUAUAUUAGAACAACUUAAAUACCAAUAGAACACUUCUUCAAUACAUUUAUUCGUUAGAAUAUGUAGCCAUCAAGAUGAUAUAAGAAUUACAUAUAUGUGCAGAAGUUUGGGUAUACAUAUAGGAAACAUCUGAAAGCUAUUAGUGUUGUUUUUUCUGAGCAGUGGAACUCAGGGUUGAGAAAAGAGAGACUUAACCCUUUACAACUUCAUGCCAAUCACCUAAUACUUUUUAGUCCUAGUUCCCUUACCUAGGGGAGCAGGAGAGUACUACUAAUUUUAGUAUCCUAGAUAGACAUUUACAUGCACAUGCAUGUAUUUGUUUUGAGAAUUUUAAAUAGAAAAAAUACAUAUAUUCUG